CGUACCCAUUCUGAUAUGUUUUAGCGGCUGUCUUGAUUUAGCCGAUGUUUUUGUUACAACCUGCUCUUAACACACGUGUAUGAAAGAACAAGUAUAAUUUAUAAGAAACUGUUACAGGGGGAGAAAUGAACAGUAGGCUUCAAGAAAUCCGCGAGAGGCAAAAGCUUAGGCGACAAUUACUAGCUCAGCAGUUGGGAGCUGAAAGCGCWGACAGUAUUGGGGCUGUCCUACACAGUAAGGAUGAACUUAAAGAGAUAGAAGAGACAAGAGAAACAUGCAGGGCUUCCUAUGACAGCUCAGUGCCCCCUCCCAAGAAGAAGCCACUAACAGAGGGAGAGGAUACAGAAGAAGAUGUAGAAGAACCAAAAGAUGAAGUGGAGGUGCAGCAGGAAGAUGAGAGCAACCCAUAUGAGGAGGUGUAUAAGGAUUCCAGCACUUUCCUUAAGGGUACCCAGAGUUUGAACCCUCACAAUGAUUACUGUCAACACUUCGUGGACACAGGGCACAGGCCUCAAAAUUUCAUCAGAGAUGUCGGCUUGGCUGAUAGAUUUGAAGAAUAUCCUAAACUGCGAGAGUUGAUCCGACUGAAAGAUGAACUCAUCUCCAGCACCAACGUCCCUCCUAUGUACCUCCAGGCUGAUCUAGAGCACUUUGACCUGCGGGAGUUGAAGAGCCAGUUUGAUGUGAUCCUAAUUGAGCCUCCCUUAGAGGAAUACUACAGAGAGUCCGGCAUCAGCCACACAGAACGUUUCUGGACGUGGGAUGAUAUCAUGAGACUGGAGAUAGAGGAGAUAUCAGAUUUACGCUCUUUCGUCUUUCUCUGGUGUGGCUCAGGUGAAGGCUUGGACUUGGGCAGAAUGUGCCUGAGGAAGUGGGGAUUCAGAAGGUGUGAGGAUAUCUGUUGGAUUAAAACCAACAAAAACAACCCAGGAAAAACAAAAGCAAUGGACCCCAAAGCAGUAUUCCAGAGGACUAAGGAACACUGCCUGAUGGGAAUCAAGGGAACAGUGCGCAGAAGCACUGAUGGGGACUUCAUCCACGCCAACGUGGACAUCGACUUGAUUAUUACUGAGGAGCCUGAGAUGGGAAACGUGGAGAAGCCUGUGGAGAUCUUCCACAUCAUCGAACACUUCUGCUUGGGCCGCAGGAGGCUGCACCUGUUCGGAAGAGACUCAACCAUCAGACCAGGCUGGGUGACCGUUGGUCCUACACUGACAAACACCAACUUUAAUCCAGAAACCUUCGCCUCAAAUUUCCCUUUACCCGAAUCCCAUUUAUCUGGCUGUACUGAGGAAAUCGAGAGGCUGCGGCCCAAGUCUCCUGUUAAAAUAAAGUCAGACCGUGGUGGUGGUGCCCCCAGAGGUGGACGUGGGGGGCCGAAUGCUGGAAGAGGUGGAGACAGAGGCAGAGAAAGAAACAGACCAAACUUCCGAGGAGACAGGGGAGGAUUUCGAGGCAGAGGUGGGCCACAUCGGGGAUUUCCACCUCGCUGAGAUUAAAAUAACAUCAAAAACAAUUUUUUUCCUCUUUUUUUUGUUUUUUUUAUACACAAUUGUUAUAUAGUAUAUAGCAGCAGCUAAAAAGAAAAACUGUGAUCAUUUUUUUAAAUCAUUUUUGCUUGAAUGAUUCGUAGAUGCACAAAUAUUGCAAGAAUAAAAUUUCUUUAGCCCAUUUGUUUGAUUUGUUUCUUAAACGCUUUAAUGCCUUGCUUAAGAAGCUAAUGUAAUGCCAUAAUCCUCCAACAUCCGGAGAACAGGUAGCUGGAAAGAACAAAAUACUUUCUAAGUAUUGCUGAUUCUGACUGAUCUUCUGAUCAAAAAGCAGCCAAUUAGUUUUUAAUAGCAUGGAAAUACUGUGUUGUCUUUGACAGGCUGGGGGAUUUUGUAUUCUCUUUUUAAUUGCUUGUAAUGGCUCAGUUUGGAAACAAAUUUUGCUGCCAACAUAUUUGACAUUUCUGCACAUGCCUUGCAUGCAUUUCAGCUUGUCGAGUACUGAAGCAGAUUGGUUGUUUGCUUUUAUUCACGUGCCGUCUUCAUUCCAGUAAUGUUCAGUUGAAGGAGUGGCCUCAGGAAUGUCGUGUUUCUAAUGAAAAAAUGUUUUUACUUUAUUAAUUGGUUAACACAUUUCCCAAUGAACUAACUAUGUACCAUUUGUAGCUAUUAUAUAUUUUCAUUAAAUGUAUUGGAAAUGACAUAGGCAUAGUUUGCCGUUUUAGGUUGAAUAAACAUUUCCCUUUUAGAAUUGAUCUGUUAUAAUUAAAAAGCUGUUGAACAGUAAGACCACAUUCAUUGAACACAUUAUUAAUUUUUUACAUGUGUAAAAUGCUGUAAAGUAAGAGUACUGUCCAAUUAAAUUUUGUAUUUUUUUCAUCCAUUAAAGCAAA